AUGGCAAGAGCCUUGGCCGCCGUUUGGCCGCUCGCGAAGGGAUGCAUCACCGGCAGCGUGGUCGGCAUCACCGUCGCCGACGGGGUCGCCUCCGUCGUCACCAUGGAUGGCGCCUCCAUGCACCCAACCUUCUACCCGCAGCAGGCCGAGCGCGCUCUGGUGGAGAAGCGCUGCCACUACCGCUACGACUUCUCCCGCAGUGACGUCAUCGUGUUCAGGUCGCCGAGGAACCAUCGUGAGCUGAUGGUGAAGCGGCUGAUUGCGUUGCCUGGGGAUUGGAUCCAGAUCCCGGAGAAGCAGGAGAUCCGGCAGAUCCCGGAGGGCCAUUGCUGGGUUGAAGGGACAAUGCCGCCCUCAGCUUUGACUCGAGAUCCUAUGGCCCUGCACAAGCUCUUGGCAGCAGUCAUUCUAAAGAAGAACCAAGAGUAUGGUAGGCCACUGCUAGACAGGGCAGCAGCUCAAUUUUCAGCAAUAGUUUGA